AUGCCGUCUCCAGCUCCAGGAACAAUCUCAAAGUCUGGCUCGGCCUCGUCUGACUCCGAUCCAGACUCAAGUUCGGCAUCAGACUCUUCAGCCUCCUCAGACUCAGAUCCAGAUUCUGCUUCCGCAUUUUCUUCCUCAUCCACCUCCUCUUCUUCCUUAGACUCUGCCGGUUUGCCAUUCGUCUCGGCAACCACAUCAACACCCUCGAAGAUCGAGUCUCCAAAGAAGUUGUUAGCAGUCCGACUCAGUCCGCCCUUCUUCUUCUUGUCGAUGGUGGCAAUCAGCUUGUCGAUUGCCUCGUCCUCCUCGCUCUCAAUGUCGCUAUCGCUUUCCAGGAUCUCUCCGUCGUCAGACUCGACCUCGCUCGUCUGCUCCUUGAUUCCUUCCCAUUCCUCAUCGUCUCCUCCACGAGCGUUCUUGGCUCUCAGUCUGGCGUCCCGCUCCAUCUUGGACUCCUUGUACUGUUGGUACAUCGAGUUCAGCUCAUCCUCGAGAUUGUCCAGCUCGUCACCAGACUCCACGAUCUGCUUGUCAUCGUACACAAUGUCGUUAUCUCGAGCCAACUCCUCGUCGUCAAAAACCAUGCUCUUCUUGCCACGAGCCAACUCGUCCAACUGA